UUCUGUCCAACCCAGCAAACGCGCUUCACGCGAAAGAAGGAGACACCUCAGAGCUGCAGGGAGGACAUUUAACAUUUUGUUUGAUCAACACUUGCCUUGACUUUGUUCCGUGUUUGUGGAUGAGGCGCUUAGAAAGGAAGAAAAUCAACGUCGCAUGCAGGUUUUCCUCAAAACAGUUUUUGACUAUCGGAAACACUCUCUUGUCUGAGAGAACAUCAAGGCAAAGUGGGGGAAUAAAAAAAUGAAGUUUCUCACCAGUGUGAGUUACCACGACGCUCACCAGAUGUGUACGUGUCCGUCUAAGGCCAUCAGAAGCUGAAGACAGGUCAUUUUUAAAAGUGCAACUGACCCCUCCGAGCUGCCACCAUGGCCCUGGUUCAGGCUCUGCCCAUAUCUGCUGAGCCCCACGCCACCAUCCACAGUGGAGGAGCUCGCCGACGACACCAGUCUGGCCCUUCACCCCCCAUCAACCUGCCACCACCCACUCUGGAUCCAAUGGGCUCAGGCAGUAGCCUCGUCACCACACGUCAGAAUCCCUACCAGGACCAUCGCUCUGCUGCAGAGCUGGGGGGCAGAGGUCGGCGGCCAACGCCAGGGGCUUCCUGCUUAGGCUCCGAGUUACCCAGAGACCCACUGCUGCAAACUGUCCCACCUCUGAAGAAACAGAACUCCACAACAUCCGGCAGAGGACUGGAGAAGGAGUGUCGGAACGGGAACUAUACUUAUAUAAAUGAGGACUAUGUGGGGGACUGGAACGACAACCUUAUUAGACCUCCGAGCCUGGAAAGCGAGCUGGAAGAGACUAAAGAGGGUCUCAGGUUGAAUGGGAAUGUGGGGGGACCUCCUCCGAGGCUCAUCCCAGUGUCAGGAAAACUGGAAAAGAACAUGGAGAAAACAGUGUUGCGGCCCACUGCCUUCAAACCUGUCAUUCCCAAGAGCCGCUCCGCCAUGCAGUAUCUCUCCCCUCGCCACGGUGCCAGUGCCCCUGAAGGCCAAAACAACCUGAACCUGCUCAGCCCCGCCCACAGGGAGGUGUCCCCGUCCUGCUCUGAGAAACGCAGCUCCUACAGCGGCGGACGCAACGCCAGCAGCGGCAGCAGCCAGUCUUGCUCGUUGUCCGACUCGGGCCGCAACUCCCUCUCUAGCCUGCCACCUUUCAACGGUGCCACCUACAGUCUUGCUUCAGCCGAGGUCCCUGCAGGUCACCUGGAGCCCAUAAGGAGCGUCCCAUCGGUCGGCACACAUGGACACACCAACUCAGACAGCGGCCGCUCAUCCUCCAGUAAGAGCACGGGCUCUGGCUCCAUAAGUGGCCGGGGGCAGCAUCAGUCCGACAGCGGGUCCGGCGGACGCUCCCCCGGCCCCGUGGAGGGCUACGAAGGCGUGGUGAGGGACCUGGAGGACAAACUGAGGGAGAGGGAUCUGGAGCUGCAGCAACUCAAAGACAACCUGGACGAUAAUGAAGCUGCUAUUUGUCAGGUUUAUGAGGAGAAGCAGAAGCGCUUCGAGUUGGAGCUGGAGGAGCUGAGACAGAGCUGUGCCACCAGGAUGCAGGUGGCGUCUCAGAAGGCCCAGCGUGCUCAACAGGUGCUACAACUGCAGGUUUAUCAGCUCCAGCAGGAGAAGAAGAAGCUGCAGGAGGACUUUGCUCAACUCUUAAAGGAGAGGGAGCAGCUGGAGGAGCGCUGCACCUCCUAUGAACACGAGAAGAUCCAGCUGGGGCCUCGGCUGGAGGAGACCAAGUGGGAGGUAUGUCAGAAGUCGGGGGAGAUCUCCCUGCUGAAGCAGCAGCUGAAGGAGGUGCAGAGUGAGUUGGCUCAGCGCGUGGGCGAGAUCGUCUCUCUGCGAGGUCAGCUCAGAGAGACUCGUGGCGAGCUCACCAACACUCAGGUGCUGCUUCAGGAGGCCCAUGGCACGACACGCACACGGACCAUGGAGCUGGAGGUGUGCGAGAACGAGCUUCAACGUCGAAAGAGCGAGGCGGAACUACUCAGAGAAAAGGUGGGGCGCUUGGAAGGAGAGCUUUCUCACCUCAAGGACACCCUGGCCAAUCAGGGGCCAGGAAACAGACAAUGUCAGGUGUUCCAGGAAGCCGAGGAGCACCUGCUUGCCUACGAAAGCGACGAGGCGAAGGCCCAGCGGCAGAGCAGCGCUGAGGCGCUGCAGGGCAUGAAGACGCAGAUGGAAGGGUUGAAAUCGGAUUUGGCCUUCGAACGCAAGAAGGUCGAACAGCAAGCAGGAGGUUUUGAGGAGGAGAGGCGGAUAUGGCAGGAGGAGAAGGACAAAGUGAUCCGCUACCAAAAACAGCUGCAGGAGAACUAUGUGCAGAUGUAUCGCAGGAACAGAGAGCUGGAGCAGCUCCUGCAGGAGCUCAGUCUGGAACUGGAGAGCAGAGAGGAGGACGAGGGCAGCGGCAACGAGAUCAAUUUUGAUGAGAUUGCUGCAACAGAAAUCUGAUCCUCAUGGAUGUCCUUUUUUAUUUUAUUUGCACUACAUUUAACGCCCUUCCUCCCUUCCCCUGUAGCAAUAUCUUGUGUUCUUUAUGUGACUAACAACCAGACAAGUGUCUCCACACUUCAGCUGUGACUACUGUCGCUCUUGAGAGUUGUUGACCCUUAAAUGUCAUUAACCACACUAACUCUCUGCUCCUACUAUAGAAGCUGCCAUUGCACUGAUGAGUCGGCCGAGUCCUGGUGAUAUUUCACACCUUUAGGAGUUUGUGAGUAACUUUGGUCAACGUUCACCACCAUCCUCCUCCUGUCCUGGUUCUGACCGCAGUAUCCCUGCUGGGUUUAUCGUUAUACUCCCACUCUGUCCACAGUUUCACUGAUACAGUCGAUGUGUCAACCACAGAUUCAUUGUGUCAUGGUAAGAUUUAGGUGUUAAUGUCUUUGAGAAACUGGAUGAUGGCAGAGUUCAGAUCAUUUUUGCUUUUACUUAAACUACAUCAUGGACAGCCAUAAAUCCCCUAAAAGAGUCUGUACUAUCCCUGUAGCAACAAAUUAGUAUUGAGGUUCUGAACUAUAUUAUGAAACAAAACCUACAGUAAGUGAUAUUGACACCUUCCAUUAAAGACGCACUGGCUUCCCUUUUCCACCUUUACAUACCAACUUAAAAAUAAUCUCAACCACAGAUUACCCAGUUACCUCUGGGUAAUAGUCAAAAGUUCUUUUGGCUUUUUCGCAGCAUAAAUUACACUGUUCUAAAUAACACCUCUGCUUUACAGUAUACGAGCCUGGCAGCCAGUUUCAAUGCAUGUUCUUGUUUAAUCUCCCUAUUUACCGUUGUGGCCUCGAGAUAUGCAGCUGUCGGCGUGAGUUUAAUCUGUUCAGGCUUGUUUUGAUCUUUAAAGCCAAUAUGCAAGCUAAGCUAAAAUGCUUCCUGAUGAGAAAAUAUGAGUGAAUACCAGUUAAGAUAAAGAGUCAAGCAGAAAUUAUAGUGGACAUCAUACAUCAUCAGAUGCAGUGUUUUGCAAAAGUGUCACUCUUCCAUAUUUUACCAUGUCAUCACCACAGACAUCAUUGGACUUCAUUGGGAUUUUGUGUGAAUGACGAACAUAAAGAUGGAAAAGGAUGCAUAGAUUUCAAAAUUCCCUUUAGUUGCAGCUGCAAAUCCUUUUGGGGUCUAUUUACUACCUUUGCACAUAGUGACUUAAACUUUUGCCUUUUUUUAAAAAUUUUUUAUAAAGUAACCCAAGCAUAGCCAGAUUGGUUGGAGAGCUUCCAUUUUAAAGUCUUGCUAUAGUCUCCCAGCUAGUUUUAGGUAUUGAGAUUGUGUAUUCUGGGUGAUGUGUGGCAUUUGUGCUCCACCAUGAAUGGCACUUGGCUUGUAGACCAAUCUCAGAUUGAACAGCAUUCAUCAACUAAGGCGAUAUCUGAAGGCAAUUUGUUGCGCUGGAUUAUUUUUAGGGGUAUCAGAGUAAAGCUGUCUGUAAAUAAUAGUGUAAAACAUGUUUAAAACCAUGUGUCAUAUGCCUUCCACUUAUGCACAACAUUGUGCUCGUCCAUCACCAAAAAUCCUAAUAAAAUAGAUGAAAGUUUGUGGUUGAAACGUGACAAAAUGUGAAAAAGUUGUAGAGGUGUCAAGUCUUCAGUAAAGCACGGGAUAAAAUGUAAGCAGACCUUCUGCUUGGCGAUGCGAAGGGCUCAUUGUUCUCUAGCAAGAGCAAAGAGAAGCAUGUUACAGCACUAAGCCACAUUAGUGAUAGCCUCGGCUUUUAAUCAGGAAAAAGUUGUCAUUUCCUCUUUUUGCUGUGACGUAUUAUAUUUGUUUAUUACAUCCCUGAAACGGAGAGUUCUUGCACUGAAGAAUGUAUUUGGACUACUUGCCUCCACUGAUCUUUAACAUUUUAGUUCCAAUAAACCAGAAACCCAAAUGUUUUUUUUUGUUUUAUCAGAUCUUCUGCAAAUAGGGUUUAUAUAUUGUCUUUUUGCUCCCACAGGCGUCUGCCUGUCCCCAUAAAUAAAAACAUAACCACUGUGAAUAGACCAAAGCAAUGUCCAACAUGUCUAUUUUCCUCCAACAGAUGCAAAGCUUGGUUUAACCGUGUGUGAAUUUUUUGUUCGUUUCCUCACUACAAAUUUUAUAACCUUCAAUAUUUGUAUGAAGACAUUAAAUGUAUAUUUUCAUGCUGUACAUUUCUUGAACAAAACCAAUGUGGUUUUAAUUAAAAUGUGAUUUAAAAUCAA